GUGAGCAUUUCUGUUUGUCUCUUUCUCUUGCGUCACCGGUGCGCGCCGCGCGACACGACCCAGCAUCUUCCCGUUGGGACACUUCUGAAUCAAGUUGUAUAAUUACAUAUAUACAAGUGCGACAUUUCCCGUAUAGAAGACCUCAACGCAGCAGCGGUUCGGGGUGUUGGACGGGCGGGGAAAUUCUCAGUGUACACACAAAUCAAAUUAAGGUGUAAGUUUAGAAGACAAAAAGGUUCGUCACAGAAUGUCUAAGUGUGUCUGUACAUGCAGGAAGGAGCACUUCGCAAGUGACAGACUGUUAUAAGCAGGUGAUUUAAUUUACGGUACAGAAUCAUGGCGAUUAUCGUGUUCUUGAUGUUGCUUUACCCUCUCGUGACAGAGGCAGGUAACAGUGACAGCUUCCUCAAGAUGUUCGCGGCUCAGCAGAAUCCUCCAGACCCUUGCUACGAUGAGCACCGUCCCAGACGCUGUAUCCCAGACUUUGUAAACGCAGCGUUUGGGAAUCCUGUUGAAGCUUCCAGCACUUGCGGUGCCUCGGUACCUGUGAGGUACUGCGACGUUUCGGAUAUACCUGGUGGAGGUGGUGUUAAUGGUGGUAUGUGUCACAUCUGCGAUGAAUCGCAGCCGAAACGUCGUCACCCCGCUUUAUACCUGACAGACCUGAACAACCCCAAUAACGUUACUUGUUGGAGGUCAGAACCAAUCGUAUCACCUACCAGCGUCUCCAGUCCUCCAGACAACGUGACCCUGACGCUGUCCCUGGGCAAGAAGUACGAGCUGACAUACGUAAGCCUCCAGUUCUGUCCUCGAGCAGCUAAACCAGACUCCAUUGCCAUCUACAAGAGCAUGGACUACGGCAAGACUUGGCAGCCUUUCCAGUUCUACUCGAGUCAGUGUCGCAAGGUGUACGGUCGUCCCAAUAGGGCGACCAUCACGAAAGCCAAUGAACAAGAAGCUCUCUGCACUGAUUCACACCGCUUCAAUGGUAACGGCGGUGAGGGCGGGCCGAUCGCCUCUCGCAUUGCCUUCAGCACCUUGGAGGGACGCCCCAGCGCCUCAGAUUUCGAUAACAGUCCCGUGCUACAAGACUGGGUAACAGCCACGGAUAUCAAAGUGGUGUUCAAUCGGCUGCAUCUGCCUAACGGCUUCGAGGAAGACGAGGAGAACAGAGGAAUGCUUGAAAGCCAUCCUCAGCAGACGGCUCUGAAAUUGGGAGAGGAAGACAACUACACGAAGAGCCCACAUCCGCAGCACGACAUGGAGAACCACGCUGCAGGUCCUCCAGAGCCGGUGGCUGCGGCGAGCAUUUCUGCUGACAGCGGUCCCAAUGGCCUGACCAACAGCUUCGCGUCCACGACGACCACCACCAUGUCAUACCACUAUGCCGUGUCCGACUUCGCAGUCGGGGGACGAUGCAAGUGCAAUGGGCACGCCUCCAAGUGCGUGCCGGCGGGCCGCGACGGCCAGCUGGCCUGCGACUGCAAGCACAACACCGCCGGUAGGGACUGCGAGCGCUGCAAGCCCUUCCACUUCGACAGACCCUGGGGCAGGGCCACAGCCAGGGAUGCCAACGAAUGCAAAGCCUGUAACUGCAACCUGCACGCCAGACGUUGCCGUUUCAACAUGGAGCUGUACAAAUUGUCGGGGCGCGUGAGUGGAGGCGUCUGCCUGAAGUGCCGCCACUUUACCGCGGGGAGGCACUGCCAUUACUGCAAGGAAGGCUACUACAGGGACCCAACCAAGCCCAUCACACACAGGAAGGCGUGCAAAGCUUGUGACUGUCACCCAAUCGGUGCAUCGGGGAAGACUUGCAACCAAACAACAGGACAGUGCCCAUGCAAGGAUGGCGUAACAGGCGUCACGUGCAACCGGUGUGCCAAGGGCUACCAACAGAGUCGCUCCCACAUAGCACCUUGCAUCAAAAUCCCAAAGAUCUCGAACACACAAGCAACAGCGGGGAGUGACGAAGGUGGCGGGGGUGCGGGAGGCGGAAGAGAUCGGGACCAAUGUGGAAAAUGCAGGGCUGGUACGAGACGAUUAAAUCUCAACAAAUACUGCCGAAGAGAUUACGCCAUUCUGGGCAAGGUCCUGGAGCGCGAGACAGUAGAAGACUGGGUGAAGUUCUCAAUGAGUGUCCAAUCAGUGUACAAACGCGCACGAGACUCAAGGCUGCGAAGGGGAAACACUUACUUAUGGGUACACAUGAAGGAUUUAGCUUGCAAAUGCCCUAAAGUGAAGACUAACAAGUCCUAUCUGAUAUUGGGUAAAGAAAAGGAAGGUGAUCAUCCAGGUCUGACAGUCAGUCGGCGUUCAAUUGUCAUUGAAUGGAAGGAUGAGUGGCACAGGAGGAUGCGUCGCUUCCAACAUCGUUCACGCAAGUGCAAAUAAACUGUUGCACUCUCAGGACACACAUGAGAAGGACUUGAAGAGGAUGAAUAAAUGCAAGGCUGAAAUGCCAUAAAUAAGUCAUAUGAAACCUGCCUAAAAAUAUGGCUAUGAGAAGCAGAUUCUGCAUAAAUUUAAGAGUCAUGAAAGAAACACACUUUUUAUAAACUUAUGCUUAUGUUGAAAUCAGUGUCAUUUUAGAUAUUCUGUAGUUUCUUAAACUACACAAUGAAAGGUUUGUUGUUGGUACAUAAGAAUGAAAUGAAAAUAUUUCUGAAGCGAAAAUAAUGAAGUUCCAAGUGUAUGUAAAUCCUUGUCAAGAGGCUAAAUAGACAGAAGAGAGGAAUAUUAGUGACUGUGGUGGACGAAAGUUACCAGGACGUGUUUCAAACAAGAGAAGAACAAUGCACAGAACUGCCACAACAGAUGUGUGAAGACAGUUGGUAGAGGAAUACAGUACUGGUUAACACAGGCUGAAUGAACUGAUUCCUUGCCAAGCAUUAGAAAUGAGUGGGAAUAUUUAAUUUACACUGAAAACUCAAAUUAUAAGGUAUAAUGUAAGCUUCUUGUCCCUUCUUGACAUUUAUCAAUAAUUUAUUGCUUAAAAUUUGUUCAAAGUCUGAUUUAUGGAAAGUAUAUAUGAGGGGCAGUCAAAAAGUUCCUGGAAUGGUGGUAUAGCACUCUAAUUGUAGGACAUAUGACAACGCUUACCUAAUCACCUUCAAAGUAGGACCUUGCAUGCACACGCACUUGCUCCAUCAAUCCCGCGAUUGUUGGAAGCAGCGGUGGAAGGCUUCUUUUGGAAUCUUCUGGAGCUGAGCCAUCACAUUCGAUUUGAUGUCCUCCAUGGUUGUGAAACAUGUCCCCUUGAGGCCCAUUUUCAGAGUAUGGAACAUCUGAAAGUCACUCAGAGCGAGAUCCGGAGAGUGCGGUGGUUGAAUGAUGAGAAUGAUGACAGGAAUGUUUUUCUCGGCGAGGAAUUGCUGCACAACAAGCGAUGUGUGGCUUGGUGUGU